AUGAAAUAAACGCGAAUUGUAAAAUGAUUUUCUGAGAAUAUAAUUAUUAAAAUGUCAUUUUAAAGCAUAAAAGUGAGUACUACUGUUGUGUAAUUAUAUUUCAUAAGCCACGGAGUUAUAAAAAGUUGGAAUAUGGCACAAAUUUCGAAUUCUACUGUGUUUACAAACGAUGCAUCCUCUACUGGAGCUUCCGAUCUUCUUCAACAAGCAUUUCAGCAAGUUGUUGACGAUGACGAUCACGACAAUGAAUUUGUCGCAUUCUUACAAAACGACGACAACGAUUCUGAAACCAUUCAUUUGACACCGGAACAAGCAGCAGCCUUAGGUCUAACCUUCGAGGUAAACUCGAACGAAGAGGUUAUGUAUCAACAUGAUCAAGAUAAUGCCACUUUACAUACGCAAGAAAAUAUUUCUACGAAAAAUAACAUUAGUAUAGACCAUCAAAAUUCAUUAUCUCCUCAGAACUCUAUAACCAUUGAUCAAUUGAACUAUCACCCAGAAGAAGUACAAAAAUGUAAUGAUAAUGAUUUGAUUAAAACAGAAUGUAUUGAUUUCCAAGAAUGGCAUUUGCAAAAGGUUUCCGAGCACGAACAGCUUCAAAAUCAUGUAGUUGAAAAUGAUUUAUCGUUAGAAGAAAUAAACCUGAAUAACCAAAACCACAAUUCUCAACAAAUAAUUCAACAUCAAAAUAAUCUAAUUCAACAAAACUCAGGUACACAGACAAUAAUUUUGGAACAAACAAAGGUACACGCGAUAAAAGCAGAUGUUGCACAUGUUAAGAACAUCCAUGAAAAUGAUUUGCAAUAUACUAUCGACAAUAGUAUAGCACAAAAUCUUAAUACAGUACCUAAUUCUCAGGCGCAAAUCUUACAAAAACUACCUGUGAUUUUACCAUCUUCACAAUUUAUUAUAAAACCUGCACAAACUAUACUAAAACCAACUAAAAACAUUAGAUUGCUUCAAGGUUCGAGCAGACUUACUAACGCAACAGUUAGUCCUAUUCAUAGUAUACAUUCGCUCAAUACUAGUUCAAAUCCUAAUUCUGUGUUAUUGUCAAAAGCUGCAAUAUUAAAUAAUUUAUCGUCGCAAAUAAUAAAAGCUACCCCUAUAACGGCUCAGUUGUUAAAUACCAGUGGUAUGUCCGCACAACUGUUAAAUACUUCUCAGAUUUUAACAAGUGCUUGUGAAAUACAGAAUCAGUCUGUCAAUGCAGCUCAUAUUACUAAUGCUAUAGUAAAUACCACAUCAGGAGCAACACAAAAUCUUGUUACUUCGCAAAUACGUUUGUCACCGAUUGUGAAAACAUCGCAGCCUCUCCAGAGAGGAAAUAUUCAACAAUUUUUAACUCCGGUGCUAAAAGGUGCAUCAAAUGUAGUUUCAAAGUCUAAUCAAAUUUUAACUAAUACCAGUGUAGCAGCAGCCAUUCCUGCACAACUUCUAAAAUCAGUACAAAUUCCUUCUCAGUUACUUAAAACAAAAGCCACAAUUGGCAGGAAGACAAUACCAACAACUGGAAUACCAAAAACUACAAUUAGUUCUAAUUCACCGGUUGUAGUUAGAACUACGUCGAUUAUUAAAACUCAAGAUUUAAAAGCAGCAACAAGUUCUACAUCGAUCUUAAAACCAACUCAAAUGUCUUCAAUGCCCAUAUCUAUCUUAAAACCUCAAGCUAAAAUAGCAUUUAAUAAUUCGACUAAACAAAGUGUAACUAUUGCAGCUCAAAAUGUUUCUAAUAUCUUACAUAAUUCACAAAAAACACUUGUAACCCAACAAAAUAGUACGGUUGAUUGUGCCAAAUCAGUACAAAAUGAAACUAUUAAACAAAAACUUAAUCUUGUAGUAAAUGGCACAAAUCUUAAAGCGCAUAAAAAAACUAGAAGUGCUCCUGUUAAAUCUACAGCACUAAUAAAUGAGUCUACAGAUGCAUCUAAACCAUUAGGUUCUAGCGAAAAUCCAAUACAAAUAGUUCAACAAGGUCAAACCUUUCAUAGUAUGCAACGUUUGACACCAACACAAUUAAAGCAAAUUGCUCAUGUUUUGCAACAACGUAGUCAAGAAGCAGCUGCCUCGAAUGAAAAAGUUGUGUAUAGAGUUGUAUUUCCCGAAGAACUGGAUUUGCGACUUAGAAAUCCGGGGAACUUGUUAAAGAAUCGCGGCGGAAAAAGAGGUAGACCCAAAAAAAGUGCUAUUAGACCUUCUCUACUUCCACCUAAACCACCACCGAUUCCUGAUGAAGAACAGGAAGAAUUAAAGGAUGAAAGGAAAAAAGUUGUAGCUAGAACACGUUCUGGUAGACUUUCUCGACCCCCUAGACACAUGGUGCGAGAUUACAAACAUUUACAUCAUCUGGAUUUCCUACAACCUGAUUUAGAUGAUUCAGAUGGUGGUUAUAGUGAUUAUAAUACUAAUAACGAUAAACUUGAAGAAGAAGAAUCACCUAAAGAAUUAUUAACAGGAUUAGAAGUACCAAAAAGAAAAAUAUCAGAUCACUUUAGGUGUCCUACGUGUAAUAAAAUCUAUUUAGGACGUACUCGUAUGGCAAGACAUUUUGAAAUGCACCCUGAUCAUGGGAGUCCUGAGCAAUUACCUCCUCCAACACCUGAACCUGAAUUAAAGCAAAGUACAGGACAAGAUCCCUUGAAACGUAAAGGGAAAAAGCGAGGCCCAUGGGCUUAUGUCACGCCAGAAGCUAAGUCAGAAAGACGUCAAAUAAAAUUAAGAGAAGCAAUUUCUGUCUGUGAAGAUCUCGAAAUAAUAAAAAUAGCUGCAAAACCAGUACUUAACGCACAGUCAUUAUUUGAUUUAUUAGUACUAAAAUCAGAAAAUAAUGUAAGAAAUUUUUUGGACGAAUUAAAAAAAUUAAUGGGUAAAAUACGGGAAAAAGCUGGAAAUAUAUUAACAAUCGCAAAUAAUAAUGAAGAAUCAAAUAAGGAUUUAAUCGACAUCAGUGAAGAAUCACUUUGUGAUGCUUUAGGUCUUAAUCCUGGUGUAUAUAGGAUUAACAGUGAUGCUCUGAAAAAGGUUGAAACUCCUGCUUGCAGCACAUAUGAUACUGGAGAACCUCCUUUUAAACUCCAAAAAACAGAUCAUUCUGAAGAUACUAAAGAAAAUCUAGAAGAACGAAUGUCUAGUGGUUUUUCAGAAAGUUCAGAUCUCAGUGUCUCAGACUUUUUAACUGAUAGAAGAACUGAUCCAGUAACAAAUCCUACUUGUCCAGAAGUGUUGUCAGCUUUAACAUUAAUGCGAAAAAAUCCCAGUCCUUCAAAUAAUACAGAGAAUAAUAAAUCGAACAAUGUUUCAAAACUUUUAAUUUCGAAUCCAGAGAUUCAAAGCCAAAUUUCAGAUAAUCCUGGAUUCCAAAAGGUGAAUAUUAAUUCGCCAAAAGUUUCAAGUUAUCAAAAUACAGAGCCUCACAAAGAAAGAUUUGCGAAACUAGGAAAUAGUUUAAGAUCGUCAAAUUUUUGUAAAGUUGAUGAUAAUUACGAUCAAUCUAAGUUAGAGCAUAUAGAGCAAGCUUUCAUAAAAUUGGAACCAACGGAACAGGGUUUUGUUAAGCUAGAAAACGGUGCUAUGGGAACUUAUCCAAAACAAGAUACUCCAAAUUUUGAAAAAAUGCAAAAUGGCUUGAGUAACUUGGAGAAUGGAUCUCAGAACUUUGCUAAAGGAUUCCAAAAACUGGUGUCUAAAAUAAUUCCUAUGACCUCUUCAGAUAUAAGUUGUGCUAAAACCCAAUCAGCACCAUUAGAUACAGGUUCUUGUAAGAUAAUGCCUGCUACUUCUGGUUGUAAAAUUUCAGAUAGCAUACCUAUACUUCAGGAUACAGUACCAAUAAUUUCCAAUAAUUGUGAUACUAGCAUAUUUGGUAGUGCAGAAAAUUUAGACAUGUCAAAAAUAGCUCACUACGAUCAUAUUGCACAUUUAGAUAUUUUAAAUACAAGUGGAGUGAUAGAUAAAAACUUAUUAAUUGAUGAAAAAUUAGUUGAACAAUUGCAUCUAGUAGAUCAAUCAAAUUUAGUUGAUGAACUAGUUUCCGAACGAUUAAAAAACAUCAUGCCAGAUAAUAUUUUAGAAAACAAUUUAAUACCAAAUAAUUCAAAUUUAGAUACAGAUCUCGAUUUUGAUGCAUUAAGCGAAGAGUUUAAUAGAAAUACCAGAAGUUGAUUCUUG